GGUUGCUACGACGAAUGUGAAUAAAAACCUGUUCAGUGAUACGGACACAGACAAUAUGACAGAGAUUAGCUGGUUAAACUCUGCCAACAGGAAACCCAAACCCAAAGUGGCAGACUACAGCCGGCAGCCAGUUAAACCCACCUUUCCAUCAGCUGACUCUGCAUUUAAAUCGCCAUUUACACCUUUGCCUUCGCCAAAGCCAGUGAAAGAACAAAUCAAGCCAAAGCGGAAGAGGCAGAAGAAAGUGGCCGAACAGGAGGAUAAACGGCAGCCAAGCAUCAAAAAUAAGAAAGCCACAGGACGACCUCAAAGAGCUGCAGCCUUGACCAAAACCUACAGAGAGGCGUCUGACUCAGAUGACCAGUCCAGCCUGUCAGAGAGCGAAAAAGCACCACCCCCUAAGAAAAAGGCAGUUGUCCGACCAGCAACGUUUCAGCAGACUGUCCCAGCUCAAGCCGCAGGACGAGAACAAAGGAGAGAGAAAACAUCUGUAGAAGUAGCCAGACGACAAAGUGAGACGAAUGUGCUGAAAAAGGCAGGAAAAGCCUUUGUGAAGAUUCAGCAAGAUCAGAGGAAUGAUACAGGCAAGAAGAUGGCCAGUCCAGAGCAUCUCGCGGUGAAGAAGACCUCAUCUGCUCAGGGCUCCGCCAGAAGACAGAAAGAAUCUUGGGCUGCAAGAUUAUCUUCCACAUUUGCCUCGCCUCCCUCCAUUGAGAGGAUGAGAUCAGCCGAAAAAAUAACCAACUUGAGAUCCAAUACUACACCUCUCCGUUCUCUGUCUAUCUCUCCAAUCGAAGCUGACUCUUCUCCACUAGAGCCUCUCAGUCCCCUCAAAGAAAUCCAGGCCCCCUCUCGCUGUAAAACACUAGGGAAAAAAGGUGUUGUGAAACCUCCUUUCUCCAUUACACCUGUUUCCACAAGCUCCAGAGGCUGUAAGAAGAAUCGACCUGCGGCUCAGGUUGAGCUGAGUCCGGUCCACUCAUUACUGACUUCAACUCGGCCCCUCAUCAUCAGAGAGAAAUGCACCCUGUCCUCCCCAAUCAUCUCUCCUGACCUGCAGGAGGAGCACAGGGGUGACAUGAACAGAACCAGCCCAGCAUCUUUUGGAAGGAGGUCUGUCAUUUCUGUGACAAUGAGCCAAUCUUCUCGCCUAUCUGUGAGCAACAUUGCCAUGAUGUGCACUGAGCUAGAGGUACAGGUUUGA